AUGAACCAGGAACCAAUCCGUGCGGUUCCCGGGAUCGCCACCCCCUCGAUGUCUGUCCGAGGCCCACGCCCUCUAUCACCUCCACCACCGAUCUAUACCCCUGAUAUGGCCGCCGGCCAAUACCAAGGCAAACUCUCUCCAAACGGCACGUCCUAUGGUGGCUCCAGCGGCGCAGAAUUAAUUGCACCGCCGAAAGCGGACAAUCGGUUCCUCAAUUCCGUCUACUGGCUCGUCAACAACCACAGGAAAUUUGCGAUCAGGCAGGUGCUGCUGGUGAUCGUCUUCACGGCUUGUACCCUACUGGGCGGGAUGUUUUUCUACUUCUCCGAGCAUGGAUAUGAGAAGAAGAUGGUCCGAAGACAAGUCGCAGCUCUUAAUGCGGAAAUUGCCAGCCUCGCCCAACAAAUGCCAGCCGUACUGGCAACCGGAAACGCCACCGACGUCUACGAGUUCAUUAGGAACGCCUACAAAGAACUCCUCAAAAACGAGCGUCGCUACACCUUAUCCGCGCUGUGGAAGUAUGAUGAUGGGAAUUACGCCUGGCAGUAUUGGCCGGCUGUCUUCUACUGCACCAACAUCUUCAUGGGGGUCGAUUACGGAAGUGUUCCCGGUCAAAAUGGCGUUGGUCGGCUUACACUCGCCAUCUACGCGUUCGGUGCUCUGGCAUUGGCCCAAGUGGUGGUCCGAGAUCUGGGCCAUUGGUAUCUCUUCUUGUUCACGAAGCUCUACGCUGCUAUCUACGGUCCGAUUCGAAAGCUGCUUGGCCUUGGUCCAAAGGAUGAGAUUGAGCUUCCAGUCGUUAUAUCUUUUGGAUUACUACUAGCUAGUUGGGCCCUUUGCGCGGCCUUCAUCUGCGGCUACGACGCCGCCUUCGGCCCGGGCAGCAUCAACUAUUGGCUGUCCAUCUACCUCUCGUUCUUGACCGUCACCACCAUUGGUAUCGGUGACAUCAUGCCGACAUACACCUAUAAAGCCCCGCUGUGGAAAUUCUUCUGUUUCUUCAUCGGGACGCCUUUCCGGUCUGUCAACCAUAGUGCGUUCGUCCACUUUGAGCGCACGAUAUUUUACCCGUUGACGAAGCUUGGGGACAAGAUCAUGGGUGCUGUGAAUAAUCGAGCUGCGCCCGGGGCUCAGAAGCCAAAGCCAUCCGAAGAUGAGCUUGACGGUGGAAUCCGUAACUUCAUCACCGACCGUACCGAUCUGUAUGGUGGACAGUACGGCAGGGUCCGAAUGACAGCCGAAGAGGUCGACGACUCACUACGCCCAAAUCUCAAUGCUGAUUUGGUGCGAGUGCCG